ACUCAAUAGAAAUUUUUAUAAGAUUAAUUUGGUUACUUAGUUUAUUUGAAUUCUUGAGUGACCAAAAAUGGUGAAGAUGACAUUGGGUAGCAUUGGUGACUCUUUUUCAGUUCCGUCGCUAAAGGCUUAUCUUGCUGAGUUCAUUGCCACCCUCCUCUUUGUCUUUGCUGGUGUUGGUUCCGCUAUAGCUUACAACAAGCUCACGUCCGAUGCAGCUCUCGACCCACCUGGAUUGGUGGCAGUAGCGGUGGCUCACGCAUUUGCAUUGUUUGUGGGCGUUUCCAUGGCGGCCAAUGUAUCCGGCGGUCAUCUGAAUCCGGCCGUCACAUUUGGACUGGCCAUCGGAGGCAACAUCACAAUCAUAACUGGCAUUUUCUAUUGGAUUGCCCAGUUGCUUGGUUCCACUGUUGCAUGCCUUCUCCUCAAAUUCGUCACUAAUGGCUUGGCCAUUCCCACUCAUGCAGUUGCUUCUGGAAUGAAUGCUGUGGAGGGUGUAGUAAUGGAGAUUGUCAUCACUUUUGCUCUAGUCUACACAGUCUAUGCCACUGCAGCAGACCCCAAAAAGGGCUCAUUGGGCAUAAUUGCACCCAUUGCAAUUGGGUUCAUUGUUGGUGCAAACAUUUUAGCUGCUGGCCCAUUUAGUGGUGGAUCAAUGAACCCGGCCAGAUCAUUUGGGCCGGCCGUUGCUGCUGGAGACUUCUCUCAGAACUGGAUCUAUUGGGUUGGCCCACUUAUUGGGGGAGGAUUGGCAGGCCUGGUCUAUGGUUAUGUUUUUAUUGCAUCAUAUGCCCCAUUCCCAGCCCAAGAGGGAUAUGCUUAAAGAAUUUGUUGUGCUUUUAUGCUGUGAAGUCAAAUGUAAUUCUACCUUUGCUUUUGAGUAUGCAUAUUUGGACCAGCAAGAGAAGAAUUUGUAUCUCAGUUUCAAAUAAGAAAUGUAAAUAAAUUGGGUAUUUUGUUCAGAAUCUA